AUGGUGCUGCUGCUGCUGCUCAUGAGUGCGGUCUGCGCUGCGUCUGCGGGGUCUCUGUCCUGGGGGGGACAGUCCGGGGGGUCUGUGCGGACCCUGCGGCCUCUGCCUGUGUUCCAGCACGCUCCGGAGCCGCUGGUCUCCCGGGAACUGUUCAGACCUGUGCCCCAGAGAAGCGCUGUGCCGCCCGGACUGGAGGCGCUGCUGCUGCCGCCCGCGCAGGCACAGCGUGCCCACCUCCCGCCCGGACCCUCUCCCUCUGGGGCUGUAGAUCUGUGGUGUGGCCUGCGCAGCGUGGGGGUGCGUGUGGACCGCCUCAGACUGAGGCACUGGAGCGUCCCGGGACUGUUCCGCCUCAGCUCCUGUCCCGUCAGUGCAGCCAGCGCCCGCUACCUGUACUUCCACCGCGGCCUGGGCGAGUGUGGCUGCGACGUGAAGGUGCUGCGUGGUCAGCUGGUUUAUCACUUCUCUCUGUCGUACGCUGCUCCUCAGGGCUCAGUGCUCAGAGUGCCUCCUCUGGACCUGCCCCUCAGCUGUUUCUACAACAGGUUCCAUUACUCGUACAGAGUGGGCUACCAGCCUCUGGCCCCGCCCUCCUCCUUCAUGAAGAGUAUGCAGAGCAGAGCAAGCUUCAGUCUGAGCGUCUGCAACAGCCACUGGGAGGCAUGGCCUCCUGGACAGGAGCUGGUUCUAGGGGAGCCUGUGUACCUUGUGGCCCGGGUCAGAGUGGUUCUUCCUGGGGAGACGCUGUACGUGGACACUUGUCGUGUGACCAGCUCUGAGGACCCAGAGAGCUCCCCCAGACUGGACCUCAUCACCAACCACGGCUGUAUGACGGACAGUGCUCAGGCCCACAGUGGCUCUCGGUUCGUGUGGCGAGGCCCUGGGGAGCUGCGCUUCUCUGUGGACUCUCUCCUCUUCAGCUCAGAGCCACAGAUGAUGUUCCUGCACUGCUCCAUGUCGCUGGCUCUGAAGCCCAGUCCCAGCUCCAAGAGCUGCAGCCGGGACACAGGCAGGUGGCAGGAGCUGGAGCCCUCCUUCUCCUCAGUGUGUUCCUGCUGUGACUCUGUGUGUGGGGCCCCUGAGGACCCUGUCAAGCCGUGGGUCAGCAGCCCUUCCUUCCAUCUGACUCACCAUCACAAGGUCCAGCCAUUUAUGAAUAUCCAUAAAACGGGUUCUACAGAGGAGCAGCAGGAGGCUCUGAGGAUCCAUAAAGCAGGUCCAACAGAGAAGGAGGAGCAGCAGGAGGCUCUGAAGAUCCAUAAAGCAGGUCCAACAGAGAAGGAGGAGCAGCAGGAGGCUCUGAGGAUCCAUAAAGCAGGUCCAACAGAGAAGGAGGAGCAGCAGGAGGCUCUGAAGAUCCAUAAAGCAGGUCCAACAGAGAAGGAGGAGCUUCAGCAGCAAGAGGCUGUCUCCAUGAAGAGCAGAGGAAAAAGUCCAACAGAGGAGCUGCAGCAGGAGGAGGCUGUGUCCAUGAGGAGCAGAGGAGAAAGUCCAACAGAGGAGCUGCAGCAGGAGGAGGCUGUGUCCAUGAGGAGCAGAGGAGAAAGUCUAACAGUGGAGCUGCAGCAGGAGGAGGCUGUGUCCAUGAGGAGCAGAGGAGAAAGUCCAACAGAGGAGCUGCAGCAGGAGGAGGCUGUGUCCAUGAGGAGCAGAGGAGCAGGUGGCGCUCUGACGGGGGAGCAGCAGGUGUCAGUGAGACGCACAGGAGCCCAGGUCCAAAGCACCGACUCAGAAAGGAACAUCCAGGGCCAAGGCCAGGACCAAAGCCAGGACCCAAGCCAGGACCCAGAGAGGAACAUCCAGGGCCAAAACCAGGAGCCAGAGAGGAGCAUCCAGGACCAAAACCAGGACCCAGAGAGGAACAUUCAGGGCCAGGAGCCAGAGAGGAGGCCCAUGCAGGAGCCAGAGAGCCAACCUCUGGACCAAACCCCUGUGAACCUCUUGGAGAACAGGACAAGCACUGGCCCCAACAGCUGA